UUCCUAUUGUUGGGGUAACUCCGCAUACACAUCUGCUUCUUUACUGUAGUCGCGGGUUUAUGAUGCGUUUUAGACGCGAUUGAGACUCUUGUUUGUUGCAUCGUUGAUUUGUUUAUUUUCUGGUCGUUUUUCUUCUCUUUCCGGCCAAAAAAAAACAAAAACAAAAUAAAGGAUUUCUUGUGGAGAGUCUAAAGGCGCGAGUGUUUCUCUCGCCAUGGCCGAGCCGCGUUGUUUUCAAACCCAGCUGAACUCCAUCAUGGAGAUCAUGAGCAGAGCGGUCGUGAGGCAGAUCUGUAAAAUCGUAGACAGCGACUUGGCAUCUUUACGACUGGAGCUGGAGCGCGCGCUUCACGACAACGCGGCGCUCGGGGACAAAAUGCGCGUGCUCGAGAGCGAAGUGCAAACUCUGCGGAAAGCGGGAACGCGCGUUUCGCGUAAGAGUUGUCGGUCUGUCCACAUUCAGACGUCGGAAGACGCUCCACCAUCCAUUAACGGCAUCUUCGGGAAGGAGUGGUGCUCCAGUCUGUGGGACGGGAGGCCCAGGACAGAAGAGGAGGUGGUGGAGGUGGAGCCGGAGGUAGAGACAAACGUGUCUGACGAGCCUGAAAACGACGAUGACGGCAGCGUGCGUGCAAUCAAAGAGGAGGUUUCUGAACAGGAAAUCUGCAUCAUCAGUCCAACAUCAGGGAACAGAAGAAAGAUGUCAUCCACAUCACCGGAUCCUCACAACGCCUCAGAGGAUGUGGCUGAUGACGACGACAUAUGCUUCGUAUCCGCGGGACUUCCAGAGCCCUCCGAUGUCGACACCAUGAUGCCAGAUUCUCCGAGAGCCUCCGCGACGAGGCUGAUCUCUAUGGAUGGCACAGUUCAGCAUGUCAUAGUUUCCGGCGAUGACGACGAUGACGAGGAGGAAGCAGAUCAGCUGGGGUUUGAGCAGCACUGCAUGCCCAUCGAGUUUACGGAUGGUGCACAGGGAGGAACUGCCACGUUCAAGAGGCAGGACGAAGUGGAGCUAGAGGUAGAGCAGGACAUUUUAAACGAUUCAGAGUUUCUGGCUGGGUCAGGAGGAGAAGAAGGAGGUCAGAUUUUUAAUUACUUUGACAGAUUCAAUAUUAAUCAGCAACCUGGUCCGGGUGACGACUCGGGCAAGACGGACUUCACCUGUCCCGAAUGCGGGAAGACGUUCCUGCGACGGAACGGUCUUACACUGCACAUGAAGAGUCACCAAAAGCAAAGCGUGCACACCUGCCGAACCUGCAAGGUCACCUUUCCUCAAAAGAACCUCCUCCGAACACACAAGUGUCAGCCUCCGGGAAAAACUCUGGCCAAAACAGCGGACAUGAGGUUCCACUGCGAGGUGUGUGGCAAAUAUUUUCACUCAAAAGCCAACCUGAAGGUUCACUACGCCGUGCACACGGGAGAAAGGCCUCACACCUGCAGCUUCUGCGGAAGAGGCUUCUCGCAGAAAGGAAACCUCACCACUCACGAGCGCAUCCACAAGGGAGAACGGCCGUACAUCUGCACCACCUGCGGAAAAAGCUUCACCCAGAAAGGCAACCUGACUCACCACCUGGCUAUUCACAGCAAGAUCAACAGCAGGAUGAGGAACUCUGCUGAAAAAUGGCAGUGAUUUUGUUAUUAAUAAAUUUGUUUUUGUUUUGUUUUUUACUUGCAGUAUAAUGACACUUUUUAAAAUCAGAUUUGUUUCAUUUUCUGUCUUUGUUUGUCCGUUCUAGCAAGUCUCGUGGUUUUUAACAAGAACGUGAGAAUGUUUGUGUAACAAAUGCCUGAGCCACACUAGACGAGAUUAGAAUCAUUCUACAUCAUUUAAAAAACUAUUAAUGCAGAGGUGAACAACGUUAAACAUCAAAAACAAAGGCGAGUACGAAGGAGAACGUUCAUUCACAAAGUUUUUCUUCUCAACAUCCUGCUUAACGUCAUCUGAGCUUAUACAGAUGUAACACAGCCACCAGUCAUCUUUGUUUUUUACUAAACAUGCAGAACUUGUUAACAAUGGCUUUGUUUCUCCGUUACAAAAGAAAAAUUGCCAUAUUUCCAUAUUCAAAAAUCAACAGUGUUGUAUCCUGAUCAAGCUAAACUCCUGCUCACUUAGAGUCAGGAUAGUGAAGAGAAAACUGCAAGCUUUCAGUUUAUUAUUCUUAGAGUAAGAUUCAUAACUACAAGGAAAAUGGUGCCAGUCAUUAUGUCUUAAUCAGGAUGGUGGAAAAGUCACAAUGUGGCUCAGGCAUAAAGCUUUAAUCUCAGCAUCUCCUUUCUAGGUCAAUAGUUAAUCAUUGUACAUUUGUUUU